AUGGAGACCCCUUCAUCCGGGACCGCAACACCAGUGGAUGUGGAAUUCGGCACCAGUCAAAUUCGCAAACGCCUGACUGUCACAUUUCGUGAUCUCACUGUCCGGGUCACAGCACCCGAUGCUGCCCUAGGUGAUACGCUUUGGUCGGAGGUUGACCCACGACAGCUUAGCAAUAUAUUCAAUAAGAAAAAGUCAAAAAGGUCAAUUCUCAACAAUGUCUCUGGUCAAGUUCGGCCAGGGGAAAUGCUCCUCGUGCUUGGUAGACCAGGCUCCGGCUGCACCUCACUUCUUCGGGUGCUUUCAAAUGAUCGCGAAACUUUCGACGAAAUCAGUGGUGACACCAUGUACGGAAGUCUAGGCGACAAAGAGGCAAAGAAAUACCGCCAGCAGAUCAUGUUCAACAAUGAAGACGAUCUGCAUUUUCCUACCCUCACUGUCAAUCGGACCAUGAAGUUCGCCUUACGAAACAAAGUUCCAAAUGAAAGACCUGCUGACUUGGCUGAUCGCAAAGACUUUGUGAGCGGAAAGAGAGAUGACAUCCUCAACUCUUUGGGAAUUGGCCACACAAAAAAGACUCUUGUCGGAAAUGAGUUCAUUCGGGGAGUAUCUGGAGGUGAACGCAAGCGUGUCUCACUCGCUGAAGUUCUUGCAGGACAGAGUCCUGUUCAAAUGUGGGACAACCCCACACGAGGCUUGGAUUCUAAGGCUGCGGUCGAAUUCGCCCGUAUGCUGCGCCGUGAAGCGGACGAAAAUGAAAAGACCAUGAUUGCCACCACCUAUCAAGCGGGCAAUGGUAUCUACGAUCAGUUUGAUAAAGUUUUGGUCCUCGCGGAAGGAAGAGUGACCUUUUAUGGCCCUCGUUCCCUAGCAAAAGAGUACUUCGAAGGUAUGGGGUUCGAUUUCCCUAAGGGUGCUAAUAUUGCCGACUUUCUUACUUCUGUCACUGUCCUUACGGAGCGUAUCGUUCGCCCCGGAUGGGAGACAAAAGUUCCCAAUACCCCUGAGGAAUUUGAGCAAAGAUACCACCAAAGUUCAAUCUACCGCGACCAGAUUGGUAGCAUGGAGCCUACAGAAAAGCUUGCUCACGAAAUUGAAGAUCUGGAGCUUGCGGUGGCUAGAGAAAAGCGAAAGCAUCAUUUGCCUCGACAGAAGAGUGUCUAUACCGCAGGUCUCUGGGAGCAAGUCGGCUCUUGUACUGUUCGUCAAUUUCAGAUCAUGUGGGGUGACAAAUUCUCCCUUGUGGUCAAAGUUGGCUCUGCUAUUCUUCAAGCCUUGGUUUGCGGUUCCCUUUUCUACAACCUCGCUGAAGAUAGCAGCUCCAUUUUCCUGCGUCCUGGUGUUCUCUUUUUCCCCAUCCUUUAUUUCCUACUUGAAUCUCUUUCAGAAACGACCAAGUCGUUUAUGGGUCGCCCUAUUCUCUCUCGACAAAAGCGCUUCGGAUUCUACCGUCCCACGGCCUUCUGCAUCGCAAACGCCAUAACAGAUGUCCCAGUUGUGAUGGUGCAGGUAACAUGCUUUUCGCUCAUUUUGUAUUUUAUGUCAGCCCUUCAGAUGGAUGCCGGGCGAUUCUUUACAUUCUGGAUCAUCAUUAUCACCCAGACACUCUGUUUUGGUCAGCUUUUCCGAUCGGUUGGUGCGACUUGCAAGACGUUUGGAAAUGCUUCCAAGAUAUCCGGCUUACUCUCGACUGUCUUUUUCGUUUAUGGAGGCUACUUGAUUCCUUUUGAAAGCAUGCACGUCUGGUUUAGAUGGAUAUUUUAUCUAAACCCCGGAGCGUAUGCAUUCGAGGCGCUCAUGGCAAACGAGUUUGUGGGGCGGGAAUUCCAAUGCAUCGAGCCUGAUUAUAUUCCAUACGGUGCAGGCUACUCUAGCUCGGAAUCGAUUCACAGGGGCUGCUCAGUCCCUGGAAGUAAAAAUGGCAUGAUCAGCGGAGAGGCCUAUAUCCGGGAGCAAUAUAGCUAUUCCUUCCAUCACAUCUGGCGCAGUUUCGGUAUCAUCGUCGGAUUUUGGAUCUUCUUUAUCGGUCUUACUUCGCUGGGAUUCGAGUUAAAGAACAGUCAAGGUGGGUCUUCUGUGUUGCUUUACAAGCGUGGAAGCGAGAAACAGUCUCAAGUUGGGGAAAAAGAAAUGCCAGCCAAGAAUGGGCAAUCUGGAGAUAUGGUCGCUCUCCGGGGUUCAGUCAAGCACUCGACAUUUACAUGGAACAAUCUUGACUAUCAUGUUCCCUUCAAUGGUGAAAAAAAACAGUUGCUUGAUAAGGUUUUUGGUUUCGUAAAACCUGGAAAUCUGGUUGCUUUGAUGGGAGCCUCUGGUGCUGGAAAGACAACGUUACUUGAUGUUCUUGCUCAACGCAAAGAUUCUGGUGAAAUCUACGGAUCGAUUCUCAUUGAUGGACGCCCUCAGGGGAUCAGCUUUCAACGAAUGACUGGAUACUGUGAGCAGUUGGAUGUGCACGAGUCGAGUGCGACCGUGCGAGAGGCACUCAUCUUUUCUGCGGUUCUUCGACAGCCGUCCAGCACAUCCUAUGAAGAUAAAAUUGCCUAUGUUGACCACAUAAUCAAUCUUUUGGAGCUUCGUGAUAUCAGUGAUGCGCUGAUUGGAGUACCCGGGGCUGGUCUCAGUAUUGAGCAGCGCAAGCGCGUAACUCUUGGUGUUGAGCUUGUGGCGAAGCCUACUUUGCUUUUCCUGGAUGAACCAACCUCUGGUCUAGAUGGUCAGAGUGCUUACAACAUUGUGCGGUUUCUCCGAAAGCUUGUCGAUGGAGGUCAAGCCGUAUUGUGUACGAUUCACCAGCCUUCUGCCGUCCUAUUCGAUGCAUUCGACGGUCUCUUACUGCUGGCAAAGGGUGGCAAAAUGACUUACUUUGGCGAAACUGGCCAAGAGUCAAACAAGAUUUUGGAUUAUUUUUCACGCAACGGAAGUGCUAAUAGUGGUGUCGACUGGGUUGACGUUUGGAAAAACUCAGAAGAGCGAAAAACUGCAUUGAAAGAGCUUGACGCUUUGAACGCGGCCGGCAUGGCCGAUCCCGAUUAUGUGGAGGAUACUGCGGAUUUUGCUACCUCGCGCUGGUUUCAGUUCAAGAUGGUGUCAAAACGCCUGACCAUUCAGAUCUGGCGGUCACCUGAUUAUAUGUGGAACAAGAUGAUUCUCCAUAUCUUCGCGGCUUUAUUCAGCGGCUUCACGUUUUGGAAGAUUGGGGACGGCACCUUUUCUCUUCAACUACGACUUUUCGCCAUUUUCAACUUCAUUUUUGUGGCUCCCGGUUGUAUUAACCAGAUGCAGCCUUUCUUCCUGCAUAACCGCGAUAUCUUUGAGACUCGCGAAAAGAAGUCGAAAACCUAUCACUGGAUUGCUUUCAUUGGUGCCCAAACUAUCACCGAGAUUCCCUAUCUGAUCAUCUGUGCAACUCUUUAUUUUGUUUGCUUCUAUUUCACCGCAGGAUUCCAAAAUCUUGCGAGCAUCUCGGGUCACUUUUACCUUCAAAUGAUAUUCUAUGAGUUUUUGUAUACCUCGAUCGGUCAGGCUAUCGCGGCUUACGCACCAAAUGAGUAUUUUGCUGCGGUCAUGAACCCCGUCCUGAUUGGAGCUGGACUGGUCAGCUUUUGUGGUGUUGUUGUGCCUUACAGCCAAAUGCAGCCAUUCUGGCGCUAUUGGAUGUACUAUCUUGACCCGUUCACAUAUCUUGUGGGUGGUCUUCUUGGCGAGGUCCUUUGGGAUGUCAAGGUUCAAUGCGAACCAUCUGAAUAUAUCACAUUCAGCGCUCCAUCUGGUCAGAACUGUGGUGAAUACAUGGCAGACUUUCUUUCAACCCAGGCUGGCUAUUUACUGGAUUCAAAUUCAACGGAUACUUGCUCUUUUUGUCAAUACUCCUCGGGUGCCGACUACGCCAAAACUUUCAACUUACAGGAGAAAUAUUACUCCUGGAGAGACACUGGAAUUACAGCCCUCUUUUGCAUUAGCUCUUAUGCUCUUGUAUUUUGCAUGAUGAAGCUUAGGAGCAAGAAAACCAAAAGCGCUCGAUCCGAGUGA